UGUUUGCACAGACUAUAACCAGCACAAGGGUUUGCGUUCUCACACUGCUGCUCUUAUUUGUUUACUGUAACUCACUUAAACAUGAAAGGGGAUAUUUUGAUUGUGUGUGUAAUCUUUAUGUCUUGGUUUUGUUCAGGGCAAACACUGAAGUGCUUUCGAUGUGAUCUUGGGUUCUGGGAUCUGUGCUACACCACUAAGUCAAACUGCAGUAAUGAUGAGUUGUGUUCUGUUGGAAUUGGUAAAGCAGCAACUGUCCUGGACAUAAAGGUGAUGGGUUGUCUUGCCAUAGAUCAGUGUAACAAGACAACAGUUGUAGAGUUCCCUGCUAAUAAGACUAUCUACACUAUGAAGACCACCUGCUGUGAGGAAGACUUCUGCAAUGCAGGCCCAACUGUUCAAUUCUCUCUCACUUCUCUCUUGUUUACUUUACUUCUCAUAGCUCAGAUGCUGGGUCUAUUUUGAUAUGUUUUCACAUCCCAAAUUCUAAUAGGUCCUUCUAAUGAGGGGUGUAGUUCACUGUGGGGCUUCUCUUUCAUGUUUACAUUAAUUUACUCUUGCUAUUCAUUUACUGGGGUUUUGCAUAAUUGAAAGCAGCUGCCUUCGUGUGCUCAUUUUGGACAUUUUGACAAUUGAUUUUAUAUUAAUUCAAAAGAGUAUUGUUUGUAGUUUGUGUGUGCAGUAUACUAAUAUAUCGCACUAAUGUUGUAAGCUUUUAUCAAUCCAAAAUUACAUGUAACACCUUUUCUGCUGAAUAAA